AUGACAAAGCCAGAAUGCUCCGGCCGCACACACCUUGCUCCAGGCUGGAUCCUGCAAAGUCCGGCCUUGGCGCCAAUCACCGCCCAGGAACGGCAUGAAGAUAUGCCCGGAUUGGUGGUAAUGACGCCGGUGGGGCGGGCUGUCCAGUCGCCGAGCGGCCGUCUCAAAGCAGUCGACGCGUCGGGCUGGUUCACUACUGGUCGGGGGCAGCAGCGGACGAAGACGCCCGUUGUUAUUCCCCUGUCGAACACACACCGCGCACGGCCACUGCAACGGGGCGGAUUCGUGUUUUCCUGGCAUAUGAUUUUCCGGCUGCCACGGAAAGAAAGUACGGCGCAGGAAAAUCAUAUGCCAGAAAACACGAAGAAGAAAAACAGCGUUGUCGAUCUGGGGAAAGCAAUUGACUGGCAGCACUUGUCAAAACAUGCAAAGAAUACAAAGCUUGGCGCUGCUGCUGCUGCUUUUGCUUGUUCUGCUUGCUCGCGAUCGAGACGCGCCCGCUUGGCAACUAGUCUUGACUGGCUCAAUCAUUCCCCAAGCUUUGGAGAAUUCAAUCAUUCUUCCGGUGGAUCUGCCACCUCGCCCCGGCAUGCCAAUCACGGUCCCCCCGCCGCCUUGCCAGGGUUAACGCGCCAAUUGACGCCCUGGGUCGGUCAUGGGUUGAAAUUGCACCCUCUGUGGUCUUGGCUUGCGAUGGAGGCAAAUUCACGGAGGUACGAGUCCUCCCACGCGGAGCUGUCAAACUGUUUUUUCAAGUGCAGGAUACCCGCCGGUGGGAAAAAACGGCUUCCCUGA